AUGGAGGCAGGAGCUCAAGCGGAAGCCGCGUCGUUCAAUGAUGUGAUCGACGAAUCGCCUCGCCUUCGCCUGGACCACGAGCGAGAGUACAUAUCUCACGAGCUCGUUGGCCCCUCCGCCACGUCUGCUUAUGCGGACGGCUCCGCUGGUCCGUAUUCCGCUUACGCCGACCGCGAUCAGUACCCCGUAGCAGCAUCACCACGCGAUCCAAAAUUUACAGCAAGCAGUUCGAACCUAAUGGAUAACUCCUGGGCCGACGAUAACUUCGACACCAGGUGCGCGCCUCACGCGAGUGCGGCGUCACUGGUGCCGCAGGUGCAGUCGGAGGACGAGUGCGUGGAGGACCUCCGGGGCUUCCCCGCAUUCGACGUCAAGCAGCACGACGUGCGCCUCUUCGCAUGCCUGGCGCACCGCUUCCUGCAGCCGUGGAUGGGCAUUCCGGGAAUCACGGAGGGGCUGGGAGCCCGAGGCAUGAUCGCGCCGGGUCUGCUGAACGCCAUGGCGAAGGUUGGCGGGGUGAUGUCGUGCUCCGGCCACGUGCGCAUAGUGAAGGGCGCCAUCUACUUCCGCUAUGGCGGGUUCGAGUUCGAGUGGUACCGCAUGCGGCGCUUCGUGGUGUCCAUUCUGAUGAUCCAGGAGGCCAUUCGCAUGUACGGGCUCACCUCGCUCAACGCCGAGUUCUUUCUCAACACGUGCGACCUGCCCGCCAGCACUGCUGGGUCACGCGCCAGUGAGAAGGCCGGGAUGCCCAUCUUCAGCCCGCAGGGGUCGCUAGGGUUUGUGGAUAUUCUCUACCCCGACCCGGUGGACCUCUCCAUGCACUAUUACAGCGAAAACAGCGGCACGAUGCCGUGGGAGCGGAAGAGGAGCAAGGCAGUGUUUAGAGGUGCUGCCACAAACUUCAAGAUCAACCGGCCCUAUCAGUGGAGAGGCAGUCCUAGGUUUAGACUGCACCGCAUGUCGGAUGUGCGGCCUGACCUCCUGGACGCCCGCAUUAUGCGACUCCACGCCGCAAAAUACAAAGACCUUUUGUGGAAGGACAAGAUCGUGAAGGGCAGGGCGUUCAAUCGGUCGCAGCUGCAGUCGUACAAGUACGAGCUUGUAGUGGAUGGAGGUUCAGGAACGUGCCGUACAUGUGGAGUCAUGGCCAGUGACCAACUGAUGAUCAAGCAAACGUCAGAGCUGUACCAGUUCUUUGGUCCUCUGCUCUGUCCCUUCCGUCACUUCCUGCCCACGGCCCGCUACUUUGGGGACCUCUUCACUCGCAUUGAGUGGGCUCGGGCUAAUGAUCAGCAAGCACGGAAGAUCAACAAGGAGGCCAACAAGGUUGCAAGCAUUGCGUGCAGCUGGGAGGGAAGGCGACUUUAUUGGGCCAUUCUCCUUGUCAAAUACUCGGCAAGUGCCAUGGAGGAUCCCAGCAAGGUCAAGGCACCUGAUCAGCUAUUUGAAUGCAAGGAUCCACCGGCGCAGCAGGAUAUUGAGCCGCGACGUACUGCCAAGGACAAGAGGCCGACCCCUCCUCUCUGGCCAGCGUACUGCAGUUCGCCUGAAGAGGAUGCCAAUCAAUCUCCAUCAGUCGCGCAGGUGGCUGCAUCUCCAGCAGUCCUGUUCCUGGAUCAAACUCAAGGCUCUUACUUCAACCGCGCUUCUGGAUCUGCAGAGUUAGCGGCUCUUUCAACGACUGCAACAGCUGCAGCCACCGCUGCUUUGCUUGGUGUGUCUGUUCCUCCCAACAGUGAUGCUGGCAUUUCUGCUCAGUUGAACUCGUUGCUGAUUCCGGAUCCUUUCAAUCGUCCCCGAUCAGUUUUCCUUCUCAAUCUUCCGGGAGUUGAUUUUUCCGUGUACAGCAAUGUCACAACUGGCUCAGUGCAAGUGGUACAGUCCCGCGUGCUUGCACCCACCUCGGGGGUCGUUGCUGAAUAUGUGGCUGAUGAGCUCGAAGCAGAGAUGAUCGCUCUUUACAGAUCUGCCAGGUUGGAAGGAUUGAAGGUGGAUGUUGCUACCUGCGGUUGGAGAAACGCUGAUCUGGACGUCGCGGUUGAGAGCGCUGUUGCUGCCUCGCCGUGUGACGACGUUUGCCUUGAGCUCCUGAUGUCUCCGGCAUCAGUGGGGGAUGAGGCGUCGCAGCAGCUGCGCCGUGUUCUGAACACUGCGUUUGAUGCCAAUAAGGAUUCUGAUUCCAACUUUUUGGCGAAUCUGGCAUGUGUUGUAAGGGCCAUGCGCUCUGCCAGCUACGAUUCAGCAGAAUUAGCUGCUCAUCCGCAUCUGCUCGUUGCAUCUCUCGCUGGGUUUCAGGAGAAACAGGACCCUCAGUUUGCAUCAGCACGCUUGGCUUUCGUCCUUGCUACUAUUUCUGCCCACAUGUCUUCUCUCCGAUUAUCAGACAAGGGAUCAGUAGUCGCAGAAGUGGUGCUGGCGGGAGCCUCUUCAGCGCAGGCAGCGCCACAUCUGUUGCUGCAGCAGUUUGUGUUGUCGGGAGAUCAGCGUCCAGGAGCUCGUCAGCUCCGUGGUGUGGUGGCUGCCUCCCAGGUCGCACAGGCACAGGGGUUGGAGACCCCUGCUGAAGUCCUUUCAACUGCCAUCCUCGUUGCAACUGUCAUUCUGCUGAUUGUUUCGCUGGUCCUCGCUACUGGCUACCUCUUCAACAUGCCCCUCACCCGUGACACCCUCUUGUACUCUGGUGGGCCGAAGAUUGAUUGA